UUUUUUUAAAGAAAAAUUCUAGUUUGUUUCACCUUCUCUAUCAAAUAUCAUUUUUUAUUUAUUUUUUUUUCUAUGCAGACUCUAAAUCCCUAACUUUAAGAAAUAUUUUCAACUACUUGUUCCUUUGACAUCCCAACAUACCCUCGAAACCUUGGUUCUUUUUCGUGCUUUAGUUUUUGUUAGAUUCAGUGGCUUGAAGAAAUUACAUUUCAAAAAAAAAAAAAUAAAAAUGAAGAUUUGGAGGUGGGUUUUGGUUGGGCUUGUUUGUACUGCCUUUGUGUUGAGGAUUGGUGCCGUGGAGCUGGGCAGGAGACAACCCACUGAGAGAAUUUCAGGAAGUGCUGGUGAUGUCUUGGAAGAUGAUCCGGUGGGAAGGUUGAAAGUUUUUGUUUAUGAGCUUCCGAGCAAAUACAACAAAAAAAUUCUACAGAAGGACUCAAGAUGCCUCACUCAUAUGUUUGCAGCUGAGAUCUUUAUGCAUCGUUUUCUUUUAUCUAGCCCUGUUCGAACCCUUAAUCCAGAGGAAGCUGAUUGGUUUUAUACCCCUGUAUACACUACUUGUGACCUGACACCAAAUGGCCUCCCAUUGCCUUUUAAGUCACCUCGUAUGAUGAGAAGUGCGAUACAGCUUAUCUCUUCGAACUGGCCUUAUUGGAAUCGAACAGAAGGGGCGGAUCACUUUUUUGUGGUUCCGCAUGACUUUGGAGCAUGCUUUCAUUAUCAAGAAGCGAAGGCUAUUGAAAGAGGGAUUCUUACCCUGCUCCAACGUGCUACCUUGGUUCAGACUUUUGGACAAAGGAAUCAUGUUUGCUUGAAAGAGGGUUCAAUUACAGUUCCUCCAUAUGCUCCUCCCCAGAAAAUGCAAACGCACCUGAUUCCUGAAAAAACUCCUAGAUCCAUCUUUGUUUAUUUCCGUGGGUUGUUUUAUGAUGUUGGAAAUGACCCAGAAGGUGGUUACUAUGCAAGAGGUGCGCGAGCAGCAGUGUGGGAGAACUUCAAGGACAAUCCGCUGUUCGACAUUUCAACUGAACACCCAACUACAUACUAUGAGGACAUGCAGCGAGCUGUCUUUUGUUUGUGUCCACUCGGCUGGGCUCCAUGGAGCCCUAGAUUGGUUGAAGCAGUGAUAUUUGGUUGCAUCCCUGUUAUUAUAGCAGAUGACAUUGUUCUACCAUUUGCGGAUGCAAUCCCGUGGGAGGAAAUUGGGGUGUUUGUAGAUGAGAAGGAUGUUCCCAACUUGGACACCAUACUCACAUCUAUCCCCCCUGAAGUUAUAUUGAGAAAACAGAGAUUGCUUGCCAAUCCCUCAAUGAAGCAGGCAAUGUUAUUCCCACAACCGGCUCAACCAGGUGAUGCUUUCCAUCAAGUUUUGAAUGGUCUUGCAAGAAAAUUGCCGCAUGACAGGAGUAUUUACUUGAAGCCAGGUGAGAAGAUAUUAAACUGGACUGCCGGCCCGGUUGGUGACCUGAAACCUUGGUAGCUGGUGUAAUUUCCUAUACUGGAAGGAAUAUUUUUGCCCGUCAGAUUUAUGAAGUUCAAGAUGCUGUGUAUUCCAUCAAAAAUGUAAAUCUUCAUUUAGCCAAAAUGUGUUAGAUUACGGUGUCCUUGUACUCGUCUUAGAUGAAGAAAUUGUCAAAUCAGAACUGACCUAUAAUUUGAUUCUUAUGGUUAAAUGCAAGCAUGUUAUUACAUAAUUUA